GGGGCGGAUAGGGGAACAAAAGCCUCUUGUGAAACACAAUCCAUUCAUUACAUUACCCCUUAAUCUUUAUCUUACUGGUUCAAAUUACACCAUAAAACCUCAAUUGCAAUUGCAUCAUCAUCAAACAAGAAAGCCAUUAAUGUCGUCGAAGAAAGGAGGAACUGCGUUGCAGAAAGAUGCACCAUGGAGGGCAGCUUCUUCAACUGCCACCAAACCCCUCCCCAAAAUCCACCUUUCCCCUCUUUUAUCCCUCCCUCAAAACCCCCACACAGAUUAUGCUCUCUCUCUCAUCAAGCACCCGGAUCCGAUUGGAUACGGGUUAGGGACGGAAGCUAUAGUGGAAGCAGCAGGGCCAGAGUGUGUUGUUCCUGGACAGAUUACACCAGUUAAACUUCUUGGACUAAAGGUCUGGCCUGUCGAUAUUGACUUGAAGUUUUUGGAACCUGUUGGCAAAGAACUCAAAAAUAUUGGAAAGUUUAUGGAUUCCGCAGUUGAGGUUAUGAACAGAUCUUUUGAGGAUCGUUAGGAUUACAAGCCGUUUACGAGGUUUAUUUUGCAGCAUUCUAGUUACGAGUAUGAGUGUAAUCGUCAACUCCCCGGGUCUUCAAAAUGUUUCUUGUAGCUUUGUUCAUGAUUUCUCAUCAUUCUUGUUGUGUUGAAACUAGAACACAUGUUAUACAGCAGUAUUUUUGAAAUCUGACUUUUGUGGUCAAACUUCUUGUUUAGCUCAAGCUUAAUAUUGAUAUGAGUUCUUUGUUACAAGUUAA